UGGUCCCCGGCCGCCUGAGGCGCCGAGGGCGAGCACCUGUCGCCUCAGCGGAGCUGCCAGCGCCCCGCUCCCCCCGCCGCCCCGGCGUCUAUUUAUAUCGCUCGGCCGGAGCAGGCCCAUAUUGGGCAGUGCGGCUCCGUCAGGCCCGCGCCCUCCGCCCCCGAGCGUCAGGCGGCCUGCAGGCCAGGGCGGGCGCCAUCGCGGGCGGCCCCUGCGGAGCGAGCGGGGCCGGGCCUCGGGCCGGGGGCGGCAGCUCCGUGAGUACAGCAGGAGCGUGGGCCCCUCGAAAGCCUCGUCUUGGUUCCGGGGCCGGGCGCGGGGUGGGGCGGCGCCGGGCUGGGCUGGGGGCCCGCAGUCCCUCGGCGCUCGGCCCGCCGUGCCUCCGCGCAGACCAUCUCUGCCCAGCCGGGGCGGCUCGCUGCCCUCGGGCGCGUCCUUGGGCUGGCAGCGUUCGCAGUGUUCCCACUCCCCGAAUUCUCCCGCCCCGUUAUCGUUUCCCACUCCCGCCGCUGGAAGCGCCGUUACUUAGGGGCGCUUCUGCCUUUCUGUUCCCGGGGGGCCUCCUGGAACCUGGAGGAGUGCCUGGCGCUGUAAAAAGCGGCAGUAAACAGCGAACGCGUCCCCGGGCAACUGUCUUAACUUUAAGGCAAGAAAUAGAAUUGCCGUGCAUUUCCUCCCACGUGAUUCUUCGGAGGAACUAAGGAGCUAUAACGCAUAUUGAGGCACCUCGAAAAGUAUAAAGCAUGAUGACGAAAUGAUUCAGCCUUGCAUGUUGACAACUAAUUUACAAGGAAAAAAAAAAGUGAAUGUUACAUGACAUCUCUGUUGCUUUGUGAGUAGUCAGACAUGCAAAUAGCCCCUCAAGAAUCAAGCUGCAUUUAAAGACUUACUUGGAAACACUGAAGAAUAUAACAUGGAGUGCAAGAUUCAGGGAAAAGAAAAAUACCAACAUAGCUUGAAUUUACUGAAUAAAGUUAAGAAUAUGAAAGAAUUAGCAGAAAUGGUUGAUGUAGUUCUCAUAGCGGAAGGGGAGAAAUUUCCUUGCCACAGACUAGUCCUGGCUGCAUUUAGUCCUUAUUUCAAAGCUAUGUUCACGUGUGGACUACUUGAGUGUACUCAACGGGAAGUCAUACUUUAUGACAUCACAGCAGAAAGUGUAUCAGUAAUAUUAAAUUACAUGUACAGUGCGACUUUGGAGAUCAAUAAUGCCAAUGUACAAACUGUAGCUAUGGCUGCGUAUUUUAUGCAGAUGGAAGAAGUCUUUAGUUUGUGUCAAAAAUAUAUGAUGGACCAUAUGGAUGCCUCGAACUGUGUAGGUAUCUAUUAUUUUGCAAAGCAGAUUGGAGCUGAAGAUUUAUCUGAUCAAUCGAAGAAAUAUUUAUAUCAGCACUUUGCUGAGGUGAGCUUACAUGAAGAAAUACUAGAAACUGAAGUGCACCAAUUUCUGACACUUGUUAAAUCAGAUGACCUUAACAUAUCCAGAGAAGAGAGCAUUCUGGACUUAGUUCUGAAAUGGGUAAAUCAUAAUCGAGAAUUACGCACAGUGCAUCUUGUUGAGCUUUUGAAGCAAGUCAGAUUGGAACUGAUAAAUCCUUCUUUUUUAAGACAAGCCCUAAAAAGGAACACAAUGCUUCUAUGUGAUGCAGGUUGCAUUGACAUAAUUCAAAAUGCAUUCAAAGCCAUCAAGACACCCCAACAGCACUCUCUAAAUCUUCGUUAUGGCAUGGAGACUACUAGUCUUUUGCUUUGCAUUGGCAACAAUUCUUCAGGAAUCAGGUCAAGACAUAGGAACUAUGGGGAUGCCAGUUUUUGUUAUGAUCCCGCAUCACGGAAGACCUAUUUCAUCUCAUCUCCCAAGUAUGGGGAGGGUUUAGGAAACGUGUGUACUGGUGUUGUCAUGGAAAACAACACUAUAAUUGUGGCUGGAGAAGCAAGUGCCUCUAAACUCUCUAGACAAAGGAACAAGAAUGUUGAAAUCUAUAGGUAUCAUGUUAGAGGAAACCAGUUUUGGGAAAAGUUAUGCACAACUGAAUUUCGAGAGCUCUAUGCUCUAGGCAGUGUCCGUAACGACCUCUAUGUUAUAGGAGGACAGAUGAAAAUGAAAAACCAGUAUCUUAUUACAAACUGUGUUGAUAAGUACUCCGUAGAACGGGACAAUUGGAAAAGGGUGUCUCCCCUUCCACUACAAUUGGCAUGUCAUGCUGUAGUAACAGUGAAUAAUAAACUUUAUGUGAUUGGAGGCUGGACCCCUCAGAUGGAUCUUCCUGAUGAAGAACCUGAUCGAUUAAGCAACAAACUGUUGCAGUAUGACCCCAACCAAGAUCAGUGGACAGAGCGGGCACCCAUGAAGUACUCUAAGUACCGAUUCAGUACAGCUGUAGUCAACAGUGAGAUUUAUGUUUUGGGUGGAAUUGGCUGUGUAGGUCGAGACAAGGGCCAGGUUCGAAAGUGCCUUGAUGUGGUGGAAAUCUACAACCCUGAUGGGGACUUUUGGAGAGAGGGCCCACCUAUGCCAAGUCCCCUGCUCUCACUUCGAACCAAUUCUACCAAUGCAGGAACAGUGGAUGGGAAGCUGUAUGUCUGCGGGGGAUUCCAUGGAGCAGAUCGCCAUGAAGUUAUCUCCAAAGAAAUAUUGGAGUUGGAUCCAUGGGAAAAUCAGUGGAAUGUUGUAGCCAUCAAUGUCCUCAUGCAUGAUAGCUAUGAUGUCUGCCUGGUGGCCAGGAUGAAUCCCCGAGACCUCAUCCCCCCGCCUUCAGAUUUGGUGGAAGAAGGCAAUGAGCACUGAGGAAAGCGAUGCUAUAGGACCUCCUGUUGUGUCUGAAAAGGAGGCAUUAGGAAUGGAGUGAGCCCACAGGCAUCCGUCAGCCACCUAGGACAUGUGUUGCAUGUGUAGUGACCUAUGUGCAAAGCAGCAUAUGCUGGGCGCUGCAAGGGGGAGUGUGCAGAGUCUGCCCUCAGGGACCUCCAGUUGGCUAGGGUGGACAAGAUACUACAAGGACAAAUGUGGUGACAGCACAAGAGAAACACAGGGUGAGUGCCACAGGAGUACAAGGGAUGGAGGGACAUCACACUGCUGGGGACUCAAGGACAGCAUUGCCAAAGAGCAGGGCCUUUGGAGGCAGUCCUAUGGGUGUAGUUGAUGGUGAGGUCACAGAGAGUGCUGAGCAAAGGUCUGGAAGACUGAGGAGUUUGGACCUAGUCUCUGAGCAGGGGAAUCAUCUCAAAAUAGUGGUAUUAAAGGAAGACUUCUCUUUGGGCUCUCUUCUGGCUUCAGUCUUAUACAGACUGUCUAUUUUCAUGCCGUAUACCCUUCUACUACAGUGACAUUGCCCAAAACAGGGCUAGCAGUGGACUCCAGGUUCACGACAGCCCAGGCACUCAAGCCUCACCACAGUGAACAGAGGAAUUCCGCCCUUGGUUGAGUCUGUGUCAGCGACAGAGAUGCGGGGUUCCACAGCCCUGGUCCACUCUGGGGUUGGUACAGAGUGUCCUGGACUGGUCUUACCUGAGCUGCCCUUGGCCUUUUCUCAGAUACAUGUGACCUUCUACAGGUUGGCCUUGGUUGAACAAAACUGGCCUAGACCACCCAAGCCAGGGACAGACCAGGCUCUAGAAUGGAGGAGAGAGGAAGCACUCCCUUUGACUGCCAGCUGCUCUCUCUGACACAGCCUUUGCAAUAUCUUCUCCAAGGUUGGAGAGUAAGGAUGGAGCUGCCUGCUUCAGCCCACAGUUGAGCAUAAUCAGAAAACAGCCACUCCCAAAAUAUAUUUUCGUGACAACAUUUAAACACAUAGGAAAUCAUCUGUUCUUUUACUCGCCAUCUAUACUUCUGGAAGCACAGUGGUUCAAAGAAUGCAUUUCAGUAGCUGUUCUUCAACAACUCAAGAGUUUCAUGUUCCACAAGUCUCUUUUUGAAGAAGGGGUGGUCAGUGAAAUUCCCUAGAAUUUUCUCAGGGGAGACAAUCCGAGACUGUGACAGCUCUUCUUUGGUGCAGAGCUGUGUGACUGUAAUGUCUGUUAGUCCAGGUCCCCAGCUUCCAGCUGUUAGCCCAGGCAGGAGAGGCAGGUCCAUGGAAACAAGCCAAGUGGAAACUUGCUUCUGCCACCAUGAAGGGGGGACCACUUAGACCCAGGGGAAGUUGUCCCUGAGUAGGCUAGACUCUAGGAGGGCAGGGGCCACAUCUAUCUCUCUGCAGUUGUGCCCCAAGUACCCAUCACAGUACCUGGCACAUGGUGGCUCUUUGAGUGGCCUGCAUGGGGGAGCAUUUCUCAAUUUGACGGCUUGGUCUCUGAGCACGUCUAGGAACCUGAGUUAAAAUGAGCUAGUUCUUCUCCCUGGUGAGGGUCAUAACCUUGGGUUCUUUCUCUUGUUGCAAAGGCAGAGCAGUUCCUCCAAGUGGGCUGUGCUGGCUGGUGGCAGCCGCGGUUAAAGAUGAACCCUCCAGGUGUCUGCUUCCCUGACUUCCUCUUACAAAUCGUGCACCUACUCCAUCUGCUCCAACAGACUAGAGGCUGCCACAUUUCCCUGGAUCAAGGAGGCUUUGUUGGCGUGUCAUGACACAUUUCUAGAUGCACUGGGUUCAAGAGCUAGGCUCUAGUCCCGGCUCUGCUACCUAGCUAGCCACAUAAGCUUGGGCCAGAUGACCGUUCCAAAGCCUUAUUUUCCUCAUACGCAGAAUGGGAGGAAAAAUACUUUAUAGGGUUGGUGUGAGGAUUGAGUGAGAAAGUGCUGAGCACAGUGCCCGCUGGACACCAAAACAGUCAACAUUCUUCAGCUGCCAUUACUUUUAUUAUUAUUAUCACUGUAAUCAGCAUUUCCCAAAGCACAGUGCCCCAAACAACUAGAUGCAAAUGCUUGAGUGGCCUCUCUUGGGAUUUUAGGGAGCGAGGUGUGUGUUGUCUAGAUAGUUCUUAGUUUCCCAGCCCCAGCCCCUCAGCUGCUCCCGCUGCUGUGCCGAUCGACAAGGGCAGGUUUGCUUUAGUGUCUGCUUCAAGCCCUGGCUGCUCCUUGUCUGACUGUCAUAUUUGUGAUUAAAAACAAGCAGCCCUGCCCUCCUGCUGUUAGGUAGCAUUAGAGAUUCACCUUUGGAACCACAUUGUCCUCUCACUCCUUUUCUUCACUUUAACUGACGGCUGAAUCAAUGAUGCAUGGAGGACUCCUAAAACUUUGACUGUUUGCUAGUUCUUAGCUUUGUGAAGCAGGGUUGUUUGACACUGAGCAACGGAACACAAGAGGAAGUGAUCGGAUGCUGAGGCUGACGGAAGACUGCAGCUGUCAGCCACCCCCGGUCAGUCUGUGUUCAUCGAGAAAAAGCCAUUGUUCUCACUGAUUAAUUUCAUAAUGAGCAAAUGCUUUAAAUUUGAACAUAUAAAAUAAAAUUUUACUAAUAA